AUGUCAUCUGCUUCAGCAAUUAAUCUUUACGAUCAAUGUCAAACAUUAAAUAUACCAAAUCUUUUAGAUCCGGAUCAUUACCACAUAACCAUUAUGAGUAGUGAUAAUGUCGGAGAUAAUUUCGAGUGUAAACAACGUUUUGAUCAAGCCGUUAUUGCUACACCAUUGGCUUAUCUAUGUCGAAAAAAUGAAAUAACGAAUACAAAUGUGCUUCUCCUACAUUUACAGUGUCAACCGUGUGUGAACAGACAUAACGAUUUGAAAACUAAUUGUCAUAUGAUCCAUCGAUUCAAUGACUAUAUACCGCACGUGACACUUUCUUACAACGUUAGCAUGGAUUUUGAUCCGACAAAACUACCAGUACCAACUAUGGAACUGGAAUUGAAUGAAGAGAAAGCUGAAACACAAAGCGCAGAAAAAAUUAAGGAAUGGCUAGAGGAUAAACUGAACAAAUGA